CAGAAUUUCUAACUUCACCGGGAGGCGGCACCUUCCGUUGGCAAAAAUUGUGCAGGCGAGUUUUCUUCUUUAGAUGAGUUAAAUAUUUAAAUAGACUUUAAUUUACGAAGCUUUUAAGUACAUAAAACUAGUCUAUAUCAUCACCUAAAUCGACUCCGGCCUAUUUGACUUUGUGGUGAUAAAGUAGCCUGCGCCUGGCCAGGCACAAAGCAAGGCCACCGCCAUGAAGCUCACGGACAAUGUGUUGCGGAGUUUCAGGGUUGCUAAGGUUUUCCGAGAAAAUUCGGACAAAAUAAAUUGCUUUGACUUCAGUUCAAACGGCGAGACGGUGAUAUCAAGCAGCGAUGAUGACUCGAUUGUUUUGUAUGACUGCCAGGAAGGAAAACCCAAGCGGACCCUCUACAGUAAAAAGUAUGGAGUGGAUCUCAUCAGGUACACGCAUGCUGCCAAUACAGUCGUCUACAGCUCCAACAAGAUUGAUGACACUAUACGGUACCUGUCUCUACAUGACAAUAAGUACAUUCGUUACUUUCCGGGGCACAAUAAAAGGGUCGUUGCACUUUCCAUGUCGCCGGUUGACGACACCUUCAUCUCUGGCUCCCUGGAUAAAACUAUUCGGCUAUGGGACCUUCGCUCCCCCAACUGCCAGGGCCUAAUGCAUCUGCAGGGAAAACCAGUAUGCUCGUUUGAUCCUGAGGGCUUGAUAUUUGCUGCAGGAGUCAACUCUGAGAUGGUCAAACUCUAUGACCUGCGUUCUUUUGACAAAGGUCCCUUUGCUACAUUCAAAUUGCAGUAUGAACGCACAUGUGAGUGGACUGGCCUCAAAUUCAGCAAUGAUGGGAAACUCAUUCUGGUCUCCAGCAAUGGAGGAACACUCAGACUGCUUGAUGCUUUCAAAGGAGCUGUGCUGCAUUCCUUUGGGGGCUACAACAACAGCAAAGGUGUGAUUCUGGAAGCUUCCUUCACCCCAGACUCGCAGUUUGUCAUGAUUGGUUCAGAGGAUGGGAAGAUCCACGUGUGGAAUGCUGAGAGUGGAAUGAAGGUAGCAGUGCUGGAUGGGAAGCAUACAGGGCCCGUCACCUGCCUACAGUUUAACCCCAAGUUCAUGACCUUUGCCAGUGCCUGUUCUAACAUGGCAUUUUGGUUACCCACAAUUGAUGACUGAUGGAGCUGUGCUCUUAACAUUACUUUAAAUUUGGUUGCUCCAAGUUGCUCCAAUCCAACAGAUGGCAGCAUGUACACUGCCAAUGGCUCGCUGGGACUGCUUGCUGGACUGUAAAUAAGUUGGCCAUGAGGGAAAAGUUGUAUUUCUUUUUGUUAAUUUUAUAAUUAUCAUUAAACAAUGUUCUUUUGUAAAACAGUUUAAUCUGUUUGUGAUGUGCAUUUAUUCAUGAGGACAAUGUUUGCUCUAAAUGCAAAAUAGUUUUCUAAAUACAGGAGUGUACAAAAGUC